AUGUCUACCAAAAUCAUUCUUGUUACCGGCGGUGCCGGUUACAUCGGCACCCACACCGUUCUUCAGCUUCUUCUCGCCGGUUACAAAGUCGUCGUCGUAGAUAAUCUCGAUAAUUCUUCCGCCAAAUCCAUCGACAGAGUCAGGUCUCUCGCCGGUAAAUUCGCCGGUAACCUAUCAUUUCAUAAGUUUGACCUGCGGAACCGAGAUGAAUUGGAGAAGAUUUUUUCUUCCACAAAGUUUGAUGCGGUCAUACAUUUUGCUGGCCUAAAGGCAGUAGGUGAAAGUGUGCUGAAACCAAUGGUGUACUAUAACAACAACUUGAUUGGGACAAUUGUUCUAUUUGAAGUCAUGGCCGCCCACGGAUGCAAGAAGCUUGUGUUCUCCUCUUCGGCCACUGUAUAUGGUUGGCCGAAAAAAGUCCCUUGUACCGAAGAGUUCCCUUUAUCCGCAGUAAACCCGUAUGGACGAACCAAGCUUUAUGUCGAAGAAAUUUGUCGUGAUAUCUACCAUGCAGAUUCAGAAUGGAAAAUAACACUGUUGAGAUACUUCAACCCAGUUGGUGCUCAUCCUAGUGGUCAUAUUGGUGAGGAUCCUCGCGGAAUUCCUAACAACCUCAUGCCGUUUGUUCAGCAAGUUGCAGUUGGCAGACGCUCCGCAUUGACAGUUUUUGGAACAGAUUAUAGUACAAUUGAUGGAACUGGAGUUCGUGAUUAUAUUCAUGUUGUUGAUUUAGCAGAUGGGCACAUUGCUGCAUUGCGUAAACUAGAUGAUCCUAAAACAGGUUGUGAGGUUUUCAACUUGGGAACAGGAAAGGGAACAUCAGUCUUCGAGAUGGUUACAGCUUUUGAAAAGGCCUCUGGAAAGAAAAUUCCAGUUGUAAAAGCUGGUCGGAGACCUGGAGAUGCCGAAACUGUUUAUGGAUCAACAUCAAAAGCAGAAAAAGAACUAAACUGGAAAGCUAAAUAUGGCAUCGAUGAUAUGUGCCGUGAUCAAUGGAACUGGGCUAGCAAAAACCCUUAUGGCUAUGGUGAAUCAACAGAAUGA